AUGGGGAAGACUGGGAUCGAUCUGUAUGGCAUGACUCCACUGAUGCAUGCAGCCUAUAAAGGCAAAGCAGAAAUGUGUCGUUUGCUGCUGCAGCAUGGGGCUGAUGUGAACUGCAAUCAACAUGAAUAUGGAUACACUGCUCUCAUGUUUGCUGGCCUGUCAGGGAAGACAGAUAUCACCUCCAUGAUGCUGGAUGCAGGAGCAGAGACAGACCAAGUGAAUUCUGUAGGUCGCACUGCUGCUCAGAUGGCUGCAUUUGUAGGCCAGCAUGACUGUGUGACAGUGAUCAACAACUUCUUCUCUCGGUCACGGCUAGAGUACUACACCAGACCACAGGGGCUGGAAAGGGAGCCCAAAUUGCCCCCAAGGCUGGCAGGGCCCCUGCACAAGAUAAUCAUGACUACCAACCUUAACCCUGUCAAGAUAGUCAUGCUGGUGAAGGAGAACCCUGUGCUGGUGGAUGUGGCAGCUCUAGAGAAGUGUUACCAAGUAAUGGACCUGCUGUGUGAACAGUGUGUGAAGCAGCAAGAUAUAAAUGAGGUCUUGGCCAUGAAGAUGCACUACAUCAGCUGUGUGCUGCAGAAAUGCUUGGCAUUUCUACAGAAACAGGAUGAUAAGCUAGAUGCACUUGUCAAGAGUCUGUUAAAGGGAAGAGACAGUGAUGGCUUUCCACAGUACCAGGAGAAAUUCAUUCGGGACUGCAUCAGGAGGUUUCCGUAUUGUGAGGCCACAAUCCUUCAGCAGCUGGUGAGGAGCAUUACACCAGUAGAGAUUGGCAAUGAACCUACAGCAUUUUCAGUGCUGACUCAGGCCCUGACAGGUCAGAUGGCAUUUGUAGAUGCUGACUAUUGUGCUACAUGUGGGGAAAGGGGAGCAGAUAAGAGGUGUUCCCUUUGUAAAGCAGUGAUGUACUGCAGCUUGACCUGCCAAAAGCUUCACUGGUUCACCCAUAAAAAUAUGUGCAGAUCUCUGCAAGAGCAGAAUGUUGACCUGGAUAAGGAGACUCCAAGGUUGAAAGAACUGAAAGAUGAUGAAAGCGACCUGGUGAUGGAGACCACCAACUUCCUGCAGGAGCUGUGUCUGCGAGCAGAGGAGAAAGUUGCUGCUGCUGGAUGCUGUCCUGCAGAGCUGCUUGCGUGUGCCUCAACCUCUGCUGAUGGGCCAUCCAGCACCCAAGACUGACAACAAAACAUUGAUUCAUAUUUAACUUUUUUAAGUAUUGGGAACCAUGGCUGAACAGAAAUUAUGUCAACAGGGUACAUCCUCUUUGUAUAUUUUUACAUUGUUUUAGAUCAGCCAUGAUACAAACCUGCUCCUAGUAACUUUACACAAUGGCAGCUGCAAAAGGUAGAAUGUUAAGCCUAGUUUAUGCUUCUGCGUCACGUCGAUGGCGUAGGUACGGCAUCGACAUUGAGUAUUCGAAGUUCUGCGUCGAGGGAACGAGUUGCUCCGCAAUUCACCGCAAUGUAGGGGGGUGUGGCUGUGUGUUUGUCUGGUUUCAGCCAAGUCCUUGCUUUUUCUUCCGUAAAGUAAACAACAGUAAACAAUGGCGACCGAGGUGGAGCAGCUGUAUUUGGAGUUGGAGCUCAUCAAUAUUGARGAACAAAUGCUUAUAUUGCAAAUGUUGAAGCGCAGGCGACCAGAAGACGUUUGCGGAGGUGGUCUGUACGACGAGGAAGAAAGACCGGAAAAAGCAACUGCCGGAACUUACGUUCUGAGCAGACCAAUCACAGCACUUGCGGUCCGCGUCAACGCGACGCGUAGUUAGGAUUUUUUGGAGGUGCACGUCAGGCUACGGCGUAGGGGUCCGCGUCGACGGCGUAGGUACGGCGUCGAUGCGCAGGGAAGCAUAAACUAGGCUUUAGUAUUCAUUCGUAUUAGUACUAAAAAUAAGAAAUUCUAUAAAUCGUUGCCAGCAAAUAGCCAGCUUAAUCUGAUAAGGGAAUAAUGGAGGCAUACUAUCUUCUAAUACUAGGGAUAGUUCCAGAAAUGAAUAUUCACUCAUCUCCUCACCACUAUGCUGAUGGGGUGUGUGGGGGGUGUUUGAGUCCACAAAACACUUUUGGAGUUUCAAGUGUAAACAAUGUUGCAGCCAAAUCCAAUCCAAUUGAAGUAAAUGGUUACCGAUUCUUCAAAUGUAAAAAACACCCCAAAAAAAUG